AGGUACUGUUGUCUAGUUGAAUCUUUUUCACAGAGAUUGCUCUCAGUUAAAUCUUCAUCAACUGACAAAUUGACAUCAAGAUGGGGAACAUGCACUGCCCUGCUGAGGAUGCAGCCCUCCUGGCCUCUGUUGCUCGAGACAUCUGCCCUUUCCCAAGCUACAACCCCAAUCCUCUUUUCGUCAACAUGUUGUCUGUCAACUAUUCACUUCACCUGAGGGACCAUUACAGGACAGUGCAGUCCUCCCUAACCCCCAAGCAGCUGGAGGACUUCACCCAGGGCCUGAGGACCACUUUUGGCAGGGAGGGCAAAGUCACUCUUGGUGGGGUGGGGGUAGUGGCCCUGUCCCUGGCUGUGCUGUUUGACACUCUUGCCAGACAGGCCAGGGGAGUGUGGGUGUCAGACUCAGGGCCCAUUACAGGUUUAUUUCUCAAAGACCUGAGAGGGUACUACCCACCGCAUGCCUACACAGCCAGCGAGUACCUGAGGCUGGUACCCCACAUUGCAAACAACCCCACCAGGAUGAGAGAGGAGUCAGAGAGGUAUCUCAAGCAGUUCAUAAUUGAUGACCAAUCUUGGGACAAAUUGGGAGAAAACAACACGAUACCGAUGGACGACAUCACAGUAGUCAAUAGGAUGCUGGGACACUUCUUUGCAGUCGGUUUGAAGCUUCAUCUCCUCCGCAUCAAAAACGCUACGGCUGAUAAAUUAAUCUCUGAUAGAAGACAACCAUUUGAUAUGACCUUUAAUCUCAACUGUGAUCCAGAAGCUGCUGACAAAGAGUUUUUGACUGAAGUGCAAAAAUCUGUCAUUCGCACCCAAGACGCUUUUAGAAGAUGCAAGCCAAUCAGUAAGCAGGGACCGAAGACAUGGCUGCUCUAUGUUGCAAAGCUAGAAUGGAUAGAUGUACACUUCCUGCCCUUCCAUGCAGCUGGAUAUAGGAGUAUUGAUUCAAUGAUUGCUCAAAGAGAAGAUUUUGAUCUGAAGGCCGAUGCACUCGGAAAAUGGGUAGAGUAGUUCACCGGCCAGUUUCCAAAUAGAGGUGAAAAGAAAAGUACUAAGUUUAUGUGCAAAAGAAAACAAAAAUAAUAGCCAGAUUAGGUAUUGAUAAUGUGUCAUGCAGGGACAACCAGGCAACGUGUCAGAAUGUGAUCAGUCAUAUAGUUUUGCCGUUAUAGUGUUCCUUUUUUUCUUACUUGCUUAAUCAGCUUUUUUGUUCGACCCAUAGACCAUUUUGUAUUUGCACUUUUGUUCCUCUCUGUACAAAUUAAUGAAUUUAAAUUUGUGUUGCAACUCUUA